AUGUCUACCGGAGACCCUGGGUCCCCACUGCCGGCACCGCCACCACCGGUAUCCGCCACCAGCGUCCAGCCCCCCCGCGACCGGAUCCCGAUAAGCUCGAAGAAGACGCAAGUCACGGGCCCCGCCACCGCCGCACCCAACUAUGCUGCCGCUGCGAGUCAGAUGGCGGCUCAAACACCUGAACAACAGCAACAACAACAACAGCGUGCCAAGGCUCUGGGCAGCCUCCUACAAGCCAUGGGUGCUGUACCCGGAAACCGCAUGGAUCGCUGGGUCCAGGCCAUCUACUUCGCCGAACUCUACCCCGUCGCCACCGCCACAUCGCUGAAAUUUUCGGCCUUGAACGCGAACCGGUCCGUCGAGAACAUCUUCGAUUACGCCCUUGAAGUGACUCUGUCUCACCAGAGCGCCUCGCGAGCGACUCAUGCCGACAAGAUCGAUCUCGUGGCCUGCGUCACGAGGCUGCUAUCGCCCAUCUCUCCUAUCUGCUUUGAGCCUGGAGUUCCUCUGCCGGACCAUCUUGCGGCUUAUCAACCACAGAUCUUAGGCGUACAACAUUCAUCAAUCCUGCGUAAUGGGGCGGCUCACCAUCGCGUUACGGUUGGGUUCGUCACCGGCGAGGCACGUGACGCGGCGCUCACGACGCCCCCCGCUCUCACUUGGCGAUCGGCGAAGGCCCGCUUCGCGAAGUCUCACAGGUUCCACCAUAACAUGGUCGAGCUUCGAAUCAACGUCGGUGUUCAAGGAGUGCCCUCCAUGGAUGCCAUCAUCAAAUCGUUCCAAUCACUUGUGCAAGACCUGUCAGGCAAGGGACAUUCAUGCCAACUUGUGCAGGUUCUGCGCGUUAUCAGCGUGGACAACGCCUCGGCCUUCGCCCACGUUGCCGGAGACUACUCGGCUUUCCUACACUUCGAUGACGACUCCCUAUUCCAACGCCCCAACACGACCUUGAAGGAGAUUCUACCUUCGAGGAUCGACCUUCCCACUCGAGGCAUCCCGGUUACCGCCCUUCGCCAUGACUAUGAGAAGGAGGCGGCUUGCGGUAGGUGCCACUUUGUGGGUCACGUGGGAACCUGCGGACUGGAUCAGGAGAGGAAGCGGAAGGAGGCUCACAACGGCAUCAUCAACAGCAACAAAAACACCAUCACCCACAACACCAACAUCGCGGAGGCCGAGGCCCCCAUUCCUGUGCUGGUUGUUAACAGGAUCGCAUCACAGAAUCACUUCGCCGGGCUCGAGGUCGAGGAGGGACAGGAGGAAGAGGUAACUGGCCAGGGCGAACAGGGACCGGAGGAAUCGGGGGAGGAAGACGCUGGUGAUAAGGCGGAUGACGAGGACUCGGAGGACUCGGAGAUGGAAUCGGAGGCGGCCGCGAAAACGGAGGUCAUCAAAAUUGAAAGCGAGGACGAGUCGGUCUUGGAGGACUGCAGCGGAUCCGAUGGAGAGGUGAUUGAUGAGAAUGAGGUGAUGGCGGAUGAAAGAGGUGAAACGGAAGGAGAGGUGGCUACGGAGAUGGAGGAAGAGGAGGUGGCGACGGAGGUGGGCGAUGUGGACGAAGCGAGGGGAUCGACGAAAGCGGAGAAUGCGGAAGCGACGGACUUAGGGGAAACGAACAGGCUGGACAAUGACGACGACAGCGACGCCACAGCAACCGCCGCCACCGCUUCCCGCGAAUCGACGCCGCAUGAACCAACCCCACCUCUGUCACCCGAAACUCUCGCCAAGUCGCUACGCGAGGGGGAGGAGUGGGACAGGAUCAGAGCUAACUGGGUUGAGCAGGCACGACUUGAGCGGGACCAAAGCAUCGAGAGGAGGCUCAACGCUGAAACCCCUUUGGUGCGUCACAACUUUGCCACGUGGGACGAGGACGGUGAGAUACGCUCCAUCAACAUCAGGGGGACCGCUGCGAAGUUCAAGAAGCAGGUGAUGAAGAGGUCGCAGACUGCGGCGGACCUCAGUGACCCAAGUGACGAACCGACCGACGCCAAGCGAGUCAUCAUCAAAGGGAAGAGCCGCGUCGUGGUGAAGGAUGGAAUAGAGGGGCGGAGGGUGACGAGGUCGAUGUCGGCGGCAGCGGCGAUGCAGGUCGAGGUGACGAAGGUGGACAGAGGGAAAGGAAGAGGGGUAGCUGAGGAAAAACGAUGGUCCGACCACGAGCCCGAGGACGAUGUCCUGCCCGCCCUUCCCCUCUUUGAGGACGUCACCACCGCCAAGAGCGCCUCGACCUCGACUACCCAUUAAUGAUCAAGCACACCAUCAUCACCUGGAACGUAAGAAGGGGCAUGGGGGUCCCGGAAAAACGACGUAAUAUCUACACCUACCUUUCCACAUUCAAAGCUUCCGCGAUUCUCUUACAAGAGCAUUUCAUCAGACCACAAUUCUGGCAGCUCAUCAAGGACGAGUACGAGGGCAAGCUCUUCAUCAACCAGCACUGCCUGACCCUGAUCCCGGCCGACUCGCCCCUGAUCGACGCCGAGCUCUUGCGCACCCACUCGGCACUCGACGGCCGGCUCCUCGUCACCUCCUUUCGUCUGCGGGGCGACAUCAAAAUUCUAGAAAUCAAUAACCUCUACGCGCCCGUUGACCCAAAACAACGAGCAAAAUUCUUCGACAAACUGAUCCUCCACAAAACACAGAAAUCCCACCUCCGACUCCUUGGCGGCGAUCUCAACGACUGCCCGCGCCCAGAAGUCGAUCGGCGGAACCAAAGUCGGCGCGGCCACCACUGGCCGAUUCUGAUGGGCAAGCUCGACUCGGCCUACACGGACUGCAUCCGCUACAAGCACCCCAUCACCCCAUCUUUCACUCGACCUAAUCCCAAUCGCAAGCGACCCAACUCCUUCUCCCGGCUUGACUACUUUCUCCUACAAAGAGCUCACCAAAAAAGGCUCGACCAGGCCUCGACGAUCUACGACUAUCCCAAGGAUCUUUCCGAUCACCGACCGGUCUUGAUCGUACUGGCUCUCUCAGACGAUCUUGAUGCGGCUCUCCCACAGCUCAGCCUACCUACCACAUCCAACCAACUACAUCGAAUCAAUACCACAACCUUCAAGACGGUGGAAUUUCAGCGGAUGAUGGAAGGAUGGUUGGAAGGGGCAAGCGGGGAGGAUCCGGUGCGAGAGCUUGAGGAGGUUCUGGAGGCGUGCAGGGACAGGGGUGGGGAGAUGGCGAGGAGGCUGCAUCGGGAGCGGACGGAACGGAUGGAGUAUUUGGUGGGGAGGGUGCAGGAUCUGGAGGCGUUACCGGUAUGGGGGGAGGCGGAAACGGCAGAAUGGACAAGGACGUCCGAGGAACUCAAGCGGGCGGUCGAGGAGCGCGCGCGCCUACUCCGGAUCCGAGCCCACGUCCCCGAGAUCGCUUCCGAGGAACGACUGUCGCGGCCGGUCCACGCCAAGCUCGCGGCGCGGAACUCGGACUCCAAGAUCACAGCACUGCGCUUGGGCAACGGAGAGCUAACGCAUGACAUUGAUGUCGCUCUUGACCACACGCAGGCGCAUUUCCAGCGCCUCUACCACAUCGAGCCUCGUGAUCCGGAACGCGUCGACCGACUUCGGGACGAACUCCUCGUGCCGAUCAGGGCGGCACGGACUUGCGACGACCCGCGCUCAGAUCCGCUCUUUCUGCGCCGACUCUCGGAAGCGCAGAUUGAUCUCCUCCAGCAACCCAUCACCGAGGACGAGGUCGUGGCCGCGAUCGGGACGACGCACCCGGGGCGAUCGCCGGGCCCGUCGGGCGUGCCUUACGAACUCUAUCAGACCGCACCGGAGGCGUGGUCCAAGGUGCUGACCAAGGCCUACAACGCGAUGAUCGAGCGCGGUUCACUCUCUCCCAAGCAGGGCCAGGGACUCGUGCGCCUCAUCUUCAAGCGCCACAAGAAGAAUGCCGAUCGCGCCGAACUCUCGUCGUAUCGCCCCAUCACCCUGCGCGAGUGCGAUUACAAGAUUUUUACCAAGGUCUACGUCGCCCGAUUGAACCAAAUUCUGCCCGAUCUCCUCCCGCCGCAGCAGCACGGCUUCGUCAAGGACCGCCGAUCGGCCGACGCUGCACUACACCUUCGUCUCCUGAUCGAGGAACUUGGCGCGCGCAGGACCGAGUUCCCCGCGGCCGCGCUCUUGUCUCUUGACCAAUCAUCCGCCUACGACCUCGUCGAGCAUGACUGGAUCUUUGCCAUCUUCGACGCUCUGGGCGCUCCUACCACCUUUCUUCGCGUGCUGAGGAUGCUCUACUCGGGUGACUCGACCUCGGCGCGCUACAUCAUCAAUGGGUUCCUGACGGCGCCGGUGCGACUGACGUGUGGGCUCGGCCAAGGGGACCCGGCGUCAUCGUCGGUCUGGGACAUCGUGUUUCAGCCGUUCCUGGAUGCUCUACACCGUCGAAACAUCGCGCUGAAUCUCUCCAUACCUGCACUUCAUCCGUACCCACAGAGCCGCGCCAUUACAUCACUUGCAUUUGCCGAUGACGUUGUCGUCGCCGUCGCGGGCUUGGAGUCACUCAACUUGCUCGAUGACCUGGCGCUCGACUGGAGGCAUGCAACGAAUGGCCGGCUCAACACGGACAAGACGGUCGUCCUACCGAUUGGACGUCGCUGGGACCCUGGGGAACGGCCAAUCGUCGUCAAGGCCGCAGGCGAGUCGCUCGAGUGGAUCGGCCUCCCCUUCGACCCCAGCGGCGACACCGAACUCGCCUACGCGAAUCUCAUCGAACGGCUCGAGGCGACGCUGGAAGCGGUUCAGCAUCGCUGGCUCACGCACCACACCCGUGCCUUUUACGUCAAUCGGUACGCCAUUCCCAAGAUCCUGCAUUUCCUUGCAGCCGACAUCCCGCCGCCCGAAGUCGUCAAGAAGCUCGAUGACAUGCUCGUCGAUUUCGUCCGUGGGGGCAAGGGCAGGACCAGCUACGGCAGAGACAUUGUGUUCACCGCCAAGAACAAGGGGGGACUCGGGGUGAUAAGGAUGCGGGACGUUGUGGACGCGGUUGCGGCACGGCUCUGGGACGUUCUUCUCGGCGGUUCCGGCGCGAUUUGGCAAGGACUUGCGCGCGCAUCACUCCAGCGAGCUCAGCCCGACCUCGACCUGGCCACCGAUCUCUGGCCACAUCCAUCCACUCCCAUCCCCAACGACCUUCAUCCCCGAUGGCACGCCGCACUGGGCGUUCCGAAACUUCACGACGCGCAGGUCAACCCGAGGGCCUUGACCACCGCGAACUUGCUCGCGCUGCCCACCCUGCUCGGCAGCCUCCACACCCCCAUCAGAGGGAGACAGACCAUCGACGCGGUUCAUGUACCUGACUACCUUCGUCUCCAGGGCUACCCGAAGGUGGCGGAUCUCUAUCGACGCGAGUUGUAUGCGGGUGGGGGGUUUCACCUCUGGACGCCGCCGGCGGAUGUGCUCGGCGACAACAGCGAGUACGAUCGACGCGGGCUCCCGCAGCGACUGGCAAUCGCGGCCUGGUACCGGUUCACUGUCGAUCGACACAAGAACACCCCCUUGGCGGCGGCGGUGGCGGCGGGACGACUCAACGUGCCUCCCCGGAUCGGCACCAGCGCACCACUCGAGGCGAUCAUCCCCAAGCCCGUGGCCCGCUUCGCAAUGGAGCAGCGCCUUCCGGACCCGGUGCUUCCACAACAGGCGAGCCAGUAUACGCUGCUGAACAUGGCUCGCCCCUACACAGUCCGUCGCAUCCGCCGGGUCCUGAACGCGAAGGCAUUUACCAACAUGCUCGGGCUCAAGGGACCACCGCAGCCGGACGACCUCAGGAGCUUCUGGAAGGCAGUCAACUCGAAGGCACUGACGGCGAGGGAGAGGGAAGUUUGGUUCAAGCUGAUCCUCCGCUUCACCCCGACGCGCAAACUCCAGCACGAGCAAAAGCACGACACUUCUCCCGCGUGCCUCGUGUGCGAAGCGCCGGUGGACGACACCGAUCACUACUUCUUCGGCUGCGUCGACUCGCGGAACAUCUGGACCGCGGCAAGGGGCGUGCUCUGCGACGCGCUCGGAUGCGACACGAUCGAGGACGCCGAGUACACGACACUACAACGACUCUUUGGCCUCCCCAAGCUCAAGGCCAAGCUCAGCGAACAGGAAGGCGCAGGCAGGACGAUCGAGAUCUUCACGGGGAUGGUCUUGGAGAUGAUCAGCAGUGGGAGAUGGAGGAUGCAGAAGCACGGGACGAGGAUGGAAAGCCUGGAGCGGAGGAGGGUGGUACUGGAGGAGAGGAUGAAGUUGAGGGCGGGGGGAGCAAGGGGCGGGCGAGGGCAGUAG